AUGCGUAGAAGCACUUUGCUCUUGUCAAUACUUCUAUUCAUCGCGAUUUAUGCUGUUAAUGCUUCCGGCACAAAUAAAAGGGCAAAAAGUUCUAACAAAGUUGGAAGCGGUCAAAAUGCAGGAUCAAAUAGGAAAUCUCGCCAGCAACAAAUAAUCCAAUGCUGCGGAUCGGGUUCCUGCUUGUCAGGUACCAAGUUGACAAGCCACAGAACCAACGGAACCGACAGCACGAUUUCCUCUACACCUUUAUCAACAACAGUUAUUUCGGGAGAGAUCGUUGUUGUCGAUGCAGAAACCCAAACUGUUGAUGUAAAUGGCAAUACCGACACAUCCAUCCCCUCAGAAUCGACAACCAUGGGUAUUUCUGUCAGCCCAGUAGUAGAAAUUUCAACGCCUGCAAUAACCUCAAAUGCGGUGGCUUCCGAGUCUCAAAAAAGCAGUACAUUAACCGGAUCUGCAUCUUCCACCUCAACGGCAAUUCCAUCCAUAAUUUCUUCUUCAACCCCUCAAUCUACCUUAACUUCUGGUAGCACCGUUUCAUCAACACCAUCAACCACGAGCACAACAACUUCAACCACUACGACAACCACCACCACAACAACAACCACCACAACCACAACUACUCCCAUUCCUUCAAUCCAAGUAACUUAA